AUGAUUACAAUUAAAGAUUUUGAAUAAUUUUAGCUACAAGCUAGUAAUCAUGACUAAAAAAAUAUCAUUAAAUAAUACAAAUGUGAAUCUUGGGAAUCACAUUAUUAUAAAUCCAUUUUGAGGAAAUUUAAAAUAGUUUUGAAUAAAGAUAAUGAAAUCUAAUAUUUUGUUGAUGGUUAACUUUUAAGAAUGUAAAUAAUUGACUCUUAAUAAAUAGAAAAUAAGAAAAAAGUUAUGAUAUAGAACUUGAGGUUUGGACUAAUUUGGAAUAGAUAAAAAAUCUUGAAUGGUUAGGAUCAUAUGGAUAAAAUAAUUAAAAAGUAGGCAAAUGGAAAGCCACAUGGAUAGGCGAAACUUUACAUAAUGUAGGUGGAUGGUACUUUAAUGAUGGAAAAAAAUAAGGAUUAUGGAAGGAACUGACAAACAAUUAUCAAUCGUAAGAUAUCUUAAUGAUUUAUAAGUCAAGCAUAAGUUUAUGAAUUUGGAGAAUAUUUUAAUGGCUUAAGGUAAAAUAAUUGGGUUUAUUUAUAAUAAUAAAAAAAAAUGUAUUUAAAAUAAUCAAUAAUGAUAUAGUGGUGGUGGAAAAUACAAUUUGAAAGGUUAAAAGAAUGGUAAAUGGAUUGAAUUGAUUGAUGGAUUUUAGAAUAACACAUAAGUCAUUUAUACUGGUGAAUAUAAAUAUGGAAAAAAAGUAGGUUUAUGGGAUAUUUUGUAUAAGAAAUAUGAUAAUUUAGCUGAAUAAUAUUUGUAAAUUAUUUUUAUAAGAAGAGGAAAUUUAUGAAUUCUUUAGUGGUGGUGGACUAUAUGACAAAGAAUGUAAUGGAAUGAAAAUUGGGAAGUGGAUUGAUUUGGAUGAAAAAUUUUUUAAUGGGAGAUAAGUAAUUCAUUAAGGUGAAUAUAAAAAUGGAAACAAGGUUGGUAAAUGGGUUAUUUUAUUUGAUUGGAUAAGAACAAAAUAAAUGUAAGAAUAUUAAUUAAAAAGUACAUAAAAUUCCUUUAGGGGUGGUGGACUAUAUGACUAAGAAUGUAAUGGAAUGAAAAUUGGUAAUUGGAUUGAUUUGGAUAAAGGAUUUUACAAUGGGAAAUAAGUAACUCAUCAAGGUGAGUAUAAAACUGGUAAAAAGAUUGGUGGAUGGGAUAUUUGGUAUAGAGAUCAUAAUACUGGAAGGGAUAAAUAAAUGUAAUAAAAUUGCAUAAUGUUAUGUAAUUUCUUAGUGGUGGUGGAUCAUAUGACCAAAGUGGAUUUGAAACUAAGAUUGGGAAGUGGAUUGAUUUGGAUAAAAGGUUUUAUUAUGACGGUUAAAUAACAUACAAUGGUGAAUAUAAAGAUGGGAAAAAAGUUGGUAGAUGGGAUAUUUAUUUCUUUAAUAAAUAGAUGUAAAAAAUAUUAUAAAAAAAAAAAAUAUGCGUUAGUGGAGGUGGAUUAUAUGAUGAAAGGGGAUUUGAAACUAAAAUAGGGAAGUGGAUUGAUUUGGAUGAAAGUUUUUCUUUGGCAAAUGAAUUAACCUAUAAAGGCGAGUAUUAAAAUGGUAAAAAAUUUGGUAGAUGGGAUAUUUGGUUUAAAGAUUGCUAGAAUGAAAGGAAUUAUUUAAUGUAAAUAUACUGUAUUAAGUAGUUUAAUUCAUUAGUGGGGGAGGAUCAUAUGAUAAAAGAUGUGAUGACAUAAAGAUUGGAAAAUGGAUAGAAUUGGAUAAUAAGUUUAACUAUUAAAACUAACUUAUUUAAAAAGGGGAAUAUAAUCAUAGUAAAAAAAUAGGUAGAUGGGAUAUUUGUUUAAUUUAGAAGGGAUUAAUUUUUGGGUUAAAUUAUGAACUAAUGUAUUCAAUAUUUUAAACAUAUUAAAAUUUAUUAGUGGAGGUGGAUCAUAUGAUGAAAGAGGUAAUGGUUUUAAAAGUGGGAAAUGGAUUGAUUUGGAUGACUAGUUUUAUAGAUCUUAAUUUACUUUUAGAGAAAUAACUUUAGAUGGGAAUUAUCAAAAUGGUAAAAAAGUUGGAAGGUGGGAUAUUUGGCUCAAGGUUUGGGAUAAAAAAGAAAAAAAAAAGAUGUAUUGAUAUUUUAUAAAAAUGUUUUGCGCAUGUUUAUCAGUGGAGGUGGAUCAUACGAUGAAGGUGGAAAUGGGAUUAAGUAGGGUACUUGGAUAGAAAAUAAUUAAGGAUUUGAUCAUACUUGUUAAAUUAUUUAUAAUGGAGAAUAUUAAAAUGGUUAGAAAGUUGGAAUUUGGUUGCUAAU